CGUGCAAAACUGGCCAAUGGCAUUAUUGGCCUUCUCUCCGCUCCAAUUCGCUUGAAAUAUGUCGUUAUUUUAAAUGCUUUUAUGCACAAAAAUGGAAUUGACCUUUUAAAAAAAUCGAUACUUAUUUAUUGAACGGUACUUGAGUCUUAUUUGCAAUUGUAAGUAUGACAGACCAUGAUAUUUUAAAAAGAUUGGUUUAGAAAUAUUGCUAUGGAGAUGGGAAGCUUGUAUAGUGAGUGUAAAAGCAGCUGUCAUGUGUAGCUAGGUAGCGGCGAUGCUAAUUUGCUAGUUACGUAUACAUACAUACACACAUUUGACUUAUUUUAUGAAUACCGUAUUAGGACAUUUCUGCUUGUUUGUCACUUGUACCCUAGGUGAUAUUAACUUGAUCUCAAUACGUUUGUUUUUGAUCUUUGAAAUCCAUUUAUAUGGCAGUAGCGCAGCAUUAAAGCAAACACAUUUUGACAAUUUGGUAUGCACUCUUGUCAAACGUGCUAUAAUGUAAAAUAGUAGCUAUAUUAGUUGGUUCGUUGUAUAUAGCCAAAGAAGUGCAUUGUUCGGUGGAAAUGAUUAACAUGAUGGUUAUAGCUUUAGAUAGCCAAGACCGAUAGCUUGCUAACGUUACCUGACAUCAGAGCGGCGCCCCAAUGGUAUGGCGUAAUAAGUUUCAUACAGUUAUGUGUCAAAAAAAAAAGAAGAAAAUAAACAUCUACCAUACCCAACAGACCUGGGUUUAGCAGUGCAGUAUUUCAAGCUGAUUGUGAUGCUGCUGGGGCAGAGUUCCAUUCUUAAUAACAAUGAACAAUAGAAUCCAGUGUUUUCAUGUUUUCUGCACCAGAGAAUUUGUGUGAGUGUUUUUCUUCUUCCAGGGUAUGAUAACUUGUUGCAGACCAGAGGAAACUGCCAGACAGCAAGCCUGUAUUCCAGACAUCUCAGUUAGUGUGAGGUAUGGCAGAAAAGCCCUGGGAAUCCAAAUAGAGUGAAAAGUCAAUGGCUAAAGAGGGUGCAUAGAAGGUGGAAAAGAUGUCUUACAGUAACAGGGAACUGGUGGUGUUUUUUAUAAGCUAUAGACUGUCCCAGAGGAAUUAUUCAUGUUGUCAAUUGGGGCUGGAGGGUGCAAGUGGACAGACUGAGGGAGAUGAGGCCAUUUCAAAUGGGUCUGUGGGGAACUACUGGAACAGCAGAAGCAAUUUGGCGAAGCCCUCAUCUCCACAGGGGGGCAUGGAGCCAGUGAAAGCAGCACUACGGGACUCGGUGGAUGAGUUUGAGCUGCGCUACACCCGCGCCUUCAGUGACCUCUCCUCCCAGCUCCACAUCACCCCUGCCACAGCCUACCAUAGCUUUGAGAGUGUGAUGGACGAAGUGUUCAGGGACGGUGUCAACUGGGGUCGCGUGGUGGGUCUGUUUGCUUUCGGCGGGGCCUUGUGUGUUGAGUGUGUUGAGAAGGAUAUGAGCCCACUGGUGGCGCGCAUCGCAGAUUGGAUGACCACAUACCUGGAUAACCAUAUCCAGCCCUGGAUCCAGAGCCAAGGAGGAUGGGACCGUUUUGCAGAGAUCUUUGGCAGAGAUGCUGCUGCAGACGUUCGACGGUCCCAGGAGAGCAUAAUUAAAUGGCUGCUAGUUGGGGUGAUUCUGCUUUCAGGAGUGCUGGUCGGCACUCUCAUCAUGAAGAAACGCCAAUGAAGUGGUGUAAUAUGAGCCACAUCUAGUUUACCCCCAGCACAUAUAAACGCAAAAUCAACAAAAAUAGAACUUUAUAGUUUGUUUACAUAAGCACAGUCUGCUUGUGCACUGACAUAAACCUUAUGAUUAGCCAUGGCUAUAACAGUUUUUGGGCAAUUAAUAUGUAGCUUGGUGAGCUGUCUCACAACUCACCUCUCCUGUCCUGUGCUCUGUAACAUUUGUUUUUACAUUUGAAAAGUAAUAUGUAAAAUAACAUUUUAUGACAUUAUUUUCUUACUUUUAUAAUUAUUAUUGGUUUUAUUUUUUAAAAACUUGGAUAGAGGGUGUUGCAUUUGAGACUGGAGGUGCUUUAAAUGGACCUGAAGCUAAGCGUGAAUGGGAAACUACAGCUGGUGUGGUAGGACAUAGGAGAUUGUUUAUGUAUUUUUAGGUUUGUGUGUUACCCUUUACAGGGUUUUUUAUUUUUAGGUUUGUGUGUUGCCAUAGUACCAACUAAAUACAUUCUUUCCAAAUUGA